AUGAGUUACACACCCGGUGGGUGGCAAAAUGCAUGGCAGGUUCCCUCUUACCCGUAUAUCGCGUCUGGUAGCGUCUCAGGCCAGCAGACGCACUACACUCAGGUUCCCUAUGCUCAAUACCAACCUCCUCCUGUGACCUAUCAGCCGCGCCAGAGGAACAAGGUUGCACAAAGACCGCGUUCGCCGACACCAGAGCCUGAAUUACAUCGUCAUUGGGAUGAGGUGAUACGGUCAUUUUUGAAGAAGGUUGGGAUGAACCAGGCCUUGAGGGGUUUCGAGGAUGACAUGGUAGUUAUGAAUGCGGAUUGGGAAAGGCAGAAGGUUCCUGGUGCUAUUGGAGAUUUAAUGAAGGAUCUUAUGAACUUGGGAAAAACAAAAGACAACGGAACACUCCCAGAACGACCGCUGGAGGAGCGAAAGCUCGACUAUGUUCACCUUUCUAGCGGUGCUGAUCCCCAGUCUCAGACGUCGAUAACAAAAUCAAUAUCUCAAUUCCUCGCGCAAAAUCGAGCCAGGAAUGACGCCUCUAACCGCACAGAGUUUCUCGAAACCCUCGCUCAAAAGCGACGGCGACUAAAUAUUAAUCCCGACAGUACCGAGCCCAUACCGUCCUGCGCACGGACGGAUGCAAAGCACCUCGAUCGUGACGUGCAGAUGAAAUAUGAUAUUGCAAAGAAUGAAGAUGGACCUCUCCGGCGAACCAUGAAAGGUAUGAUAGGUGAUAAGGGCAGGCAAAAAGAGCUUCUCGCACUACAUGAUGACUCAGAAGGCGACCAGCAACCAGCAAUGGAUCAACGGGUGAACAAUAUUGAAGAACAUCUUGCAGUCCGCUAUGUCCCUGCACCACCACGAACGCUCCUGUCCCGUCUCCGAUUGCUCGAGGAUCAUAUUAUGCAGCUCGAGAAGGAUUACCCGCCUUGGGCUGCUUUGCAUUUCAACCAGCCGAAUCGUGGUUGGCCUCCACCUCCGCGCCAGACACCGAUUAUAGUUCCGUCGCACAUCACAAGCACAACAAAAGAGCCUAAGACUGAUACUCCGCAACAGGAGCUGUCAUCUUCCAGCCCUUCCGAAGAGGCACCACAAACCAAAGCGAAGAACAAAAAUAAAUCUAGUUUGCACCGAGCGGUGAUGGAGAAAUUGGAAAUUCAAAAGGCAAUGAGUGAUCUUGCGGGGGUUCGCAAGUCCAGUUGA